AUGGACGAUCAAAGAGGCAGGAAAAGGAUUGACCCAAGAACCGAAAAUCUUCCUAUUGGUCGAGAUCCCAAUUCCGCUGUGGUAUUUCAUGCUUUACCUAGGCAUGAUAACCCAGAAACCACAGAAAAUCCUGAAAUUGAUGAUGUAAGGUGGCAAGAUCGUGAACACACCGUACAUCCACCAGGAGUAAACGAUCGCAAAGGUAUUGUCGGUCAUGUUGAAAAGGAUUGGGAAAAAGAGAUGGCAUUUAUUGAUACAUAUCAAACGUAUAAUAUAAAGAUAGGUGAAGGUACCUUUUGCCUCUCCUCGGAAUCUUUAAAUCGUGACGCACCCAAUUUUUUCACGGCAGCAUUUUUCGGUCAUUUCUCCGAGGCAAAUACGACGAGUAUCUUUAUCGAUCGGGAUCCAACAAAUUUCUCAAUGAUCGUGAAAUAUUUAAGAAUGUAUGAAGUGGAUUGGCCAGUUAAAGACAAGAUCUCGAUGAAAAAUUUAUUGGAGGACGUAAAGUAUUACGGAUUUGAGAGAUUACAAAAUUUGUUGGAAGAAAACUAUGAAAAGCAUUUCCCCGAAAAGGUGAUACCUUGGAAAAUUUUAACUUAUGCACCCGAGAAAGAACCUAUUGUCGCUAUAAACAUUAAAGAUGUAGAAUUAGAAAGAUGGGAUUCUCGUUCUUUAAUUUAUAAUGCUAAUCCCAUUUUGAAAAUGGGAAGACAAACAAGCAGCAAAGAAAUUGAAGUUAAGAAUAAUGAUGAAACCAAUGAGGUUACAAAUGAUGAUUUGAACGUUGAAAACAAUGAUGAAGAAACAGAAUUCAAUAAUGAAACGAAUCCUAACGUGAUAGAGCCAAGCCCAGAAAAGGGUCUGUAUCGAUUAGAGGUUCACGGAAGAAACGCACUAGCAACCGUAACUUCAAACUUGAGCAAUGGAAUAAAAUUCGAGAAUUUCGUUAUGAAGGAUGCUGCGGAAGAUGCAACCUUUCGUGUUCUUACAGAAUCUUUCCGAACGCCCGAAGGCACACUCACUUUAUCACCUUCUUUGAAACUAUCCUUCCUAAAGGAUACUUGUAUUGAAAUCGAUAAUAUAAGGUAUAAUAAUCAUAACGAUUUAUUAUCAUAUUUGGGUGUAAAUGCCAGGGGAAAACCAUUUUACUUUGAAGAAAUAGUGAUUCGAGUUGAUAGUGGCGCAUUUUUAAUGAGAGCACGUGCUUGGACCAUUCCAUCUUAUUACGCUUCUCAACCCUUUGUUUGUUCUGUGCAAUCUCAGGAAAUUCCUUAG